AUGUAUGGGGCUCGGACGCCUGGGUCCCUCCUCGGUCAAAUCUAUGGGGCCCGGACGCCUGGGUCCCUCCUCAGUGCAAUCUAUGGGGCCCGGACGCCUGGGUCCCUCCUCAGUGCAGUCUAUGGGGCCCGGACGCCUGGGUCCCUCCUCGGUGAAAUCUACGGGGCCCGGACGCCUGGGUCCCUCCUCGGUCAAAUCUAUGGGGCCCGGACGCCUGGGUCCCUCGUCAGUGCAAUCUGUGGGGCCCGGACGCCUGGGUUCCACCUCAGUCAAAUCUAUGGGGCCCGGACGCCUGGGUCCCUCCUCGGUCAAAUCUAUGGGGCCCGGACGCCUGGGUCCCUCCUCUGUCAAAUCUAUGGGUCCCGGACACCUGGUGCCCCGAACUACCGGAAAGGCUUCGACAAAUGGUUUCUGCAGCCCCUGAACUGUUGGCAGCCAGCGGAUCUUUCACCCGUUUCUCUUGCAGGACAUGUUCCCUGUGGCCUCAUCUGCCACCCCGACAGGGAGCACAUCCUGUACCCCCUGGGCUGUACGGUGCUGAUUCAGCACCUGGACACUAAGAAACAGAGUUUCUUGCAUGGCCACGCCGAUAACGUGUCCUGCGUUGUCGUGUCCAGGGAUGGGAUGUACGUCGCUUCAGGACAAGUCACCUGCAUUGGAUUCAAGGCAGACGUCAUCCUCUGGGAUUUCCCAAAGCAGGAGUUACUUGCUCGGCUCUCGCUGCACGAGGGCAAAGUCGAGGGACUCUCGUUCUCGCCCAGAGGCAUUUAUCUUGUGUCCCUGGGAGGCCAGGACGACGGCAGGGUGAUGGUGUGGGACGUCAGUAAGAGAGAGGCUGUGUGCGGGAGCCCGGCCUCGCCGCGCAGCGCCGGCAAUGCCAACGUCGUCAUGUGCUCCAGCUGCAGGGACGAGAUGUUUGUCACUGCUGGAAAGUAA